AUGACAGAGAGCAGCGUUUUAUUAGAUGUGGACAAUGACACCCUAUUGAGAGAAUAUGAAUUUUACAGAAACGUAGGUCCUAAAUCCUAAAAGCCUGAAAUCAGAGAGGAAUUUUAAUCGGAACUUAAAGGUAUAUAUGAUUAAGCAGAUAAGAAUCACGAUGGAUUGAUUCAGAGAUCUGAGUUUGAUAAUCUAAUUAGAGGUUAUUUUGAGAUUAAGAGUAUCAAGCCAACUAAAGAAAAUUAUGACUGGUACUUCUAAAAGAUGGACAAAGAUCACAACUAAUCAAUCACCUUAGAUGAAUUCAAUCAGUUUAUGGAUGAGGUUAACGAGAAUGACAUUUUACCUUUCAUCUAGGAAGAACUUCAGAACAGAGGCCUUUUAUGA